AUGGGCAAUGUUGAGGACAACAUUAUUCCGGAGAGUGGAACAGACUGCAGUCAUAUUUUGGAGAGGGAUCCCUCAGCUGAAAGUGGUGUAUAUAAGAUAAUCUUAUGGAAAACAAAGAAAGAUAUUUCCGUCUUCUGUGAUAUGGACCGAGACGGUGGCGGCUGGACGGUCUUUCACAACCGGUUUGACGGUUCAGUUGACUUUUACAGGAACUUCUCCGAAUAUGAGAAUGGAUUUGGUGCACUAGACGGUGAAUUUUGGCUAGGAACAGACUGCAGUCAUAUUUUGGAGAGGGAUCCCUCAGCUGAAAGUGGCGUAUAUAAGAUAGUUUUAUGGAAAACAAAGAAAGAGAUUUCCGUCUUCUGUGAUAUGGACCGAGACGGUGGCGGCUGGACGGUCUUUCACAACCGGUUUGACGGUUCAGUUGACUUUUACAGGGACUUCUCCGAAUAUGAGAAUGGUUUUGGUGCACUAGACGGUGAAUUUGGCUAG